UGUGCGUGUGUGAGACAGAGGAAGGGAGGAGGUUUGGGGUUGAGCCAGUUGAAGAGGGAACUAGUGUCUAGGGCUACAUAAGGUCCACUCUCAAAGAGAGAAGAAGACGAGAACACAAGGCAGACUGAUAGAAGCAUCUUUCAUAGUUUGAAUGUAAGACAGUUCUCCUGAGAGAGAAACAAGGAAGUGAGGACCUGCAGCACUCCUCAGACCUGAGGUGGAACUCCGCUGACCCCCACACCGGUGCAACUCGAACCAGGCAGUUUAAUUUCAGGGCAGGUGAACAAUGCUCUGGAGACUGACUCUCGCCGUGGCUGUGGUGUGUGUCGGCAGCAUAUGCAGCUGUGAGAAGGCUGAUGUGAUGAGCAGGCUGAUGGUACCGAGGGACUAUGGGGUGAAACUGUGCGGGAGAGAGUUCAUCAGAGCGGUCAUCUUCACCUGCGGCGGCUCCCGGUGGAGACGAUCCACAGAGGGGCUCUUGGACCCUUUCCAGUGGAGUUCCCUCCCUGAUGUUAAAGUGGAGGAGAGCCAGCAUACCUGGCAGCGUGGUGCAGAGCUUGCAGAAAACCACUCUCCUCUUCACACCGCCUCCCUGGCAGACAUCCUGGCUCUUUAUGGGUCAGGAGACCGGCAGCAGCAGCAACCGUUGAGUCUCCCGGCCCCUCUCGAGGAGUUGCAGCUGUCCACGAUUGCAGGUGAGCAAGAUGAGACGCCGGGUUCGGCUGACUGGCACCUGACGAGCAAGAAGAAGAGGAACUUUUCUCGUGGCGUGGCGGGGAUGUGCUGUAACCAGGGCUGCACCAAGAAUGAUAUCGGACGCUUGUGCUGAGGCAGGAAGCACGGAGGGUGGGCUGAUGGCAGCAGGCUCGUUCAUGGGCCCACUGAGCAGUAAUGGACAGUGUACAGAAAACACCUGCUGUUGAUUAGGCUGUUUGCACUCAUGUUGUAUUGCACAGGAAAAACAUCCCUCCGGCUUCGUGUUUUCUUCAUUCUGUCUCGUUUGAUUUUUUUGUUCAAAACAGCCGUACGUAUUGUAUGUCAGCAUCUUUGUCAAUAAAUUUUAAAUACUGUAAUUAUA